CACGUUGGCUCUUUUUGACCCUCUGUGAUUUCCGUAACACGCAUUACUGCAACGUGCGAGCCCCGUAGUGAGGUCUUUAGGGUUAGAGUUGAAAACGCCGUGAGCAGAAACUAUACACGUUAACAAUUAUGGCUGAAAACCAAGAAGAAAUGUCUCCAGUUGAGAUGAAAGUGGCGAGACAAUUGGAGUAUUAUUUUGGAGAUCACAACCUUCCGAGAGAUCGGUUCCUGAAGGAGCAGUUGCAGCUGGAUGAUGGCUGGGUUACCCUGGAGACCAUGCUGAAAUUCAACAGACUGAAGUCUUUGACCACAGAGAACAGCGUCAUCAUCUCCGCUCUGCAGAAAUCAAAGACCGGCCUCUUGGAAAUUAGCGAAGACAAGACUAAAGUCAGGAGAUCACCGGACAAACCUUUACCAGAAGUGAACGAUGAAUACAAAGACGCAGUAAAACACAGAUCUGUGUACAUUAAAGGUUUUCCUCUUGAAACAACUCUGGAUGAGAUCCAGGAGUGGCUGAAUGACAAAGGAGACGUGGAAAACGUUCAAAUGAGGAGAACCCUGCAGAGGAAGUUCAAGGGGUCUGUGUUCGUAUGCUUUGGCAGUGAAGAAUCGGCUAAACAGUUUUUGGAGCGAUCAGACAUCAAAUCAUUCAAAGACAAUGACAUGCUUGUGCUGUCGAGGGAAGCCUACCACGAAAUGAAGGCAAAAGAGAAAAAACAGUUCAAAGUGGAGACCAAAGCUAAAGCCAGACAGGAAAGGGAGCAACAACAAAAAAAUGCUGAAGAAACAGAAAUGGGACGUCUUUUGGAGGAACAGACGGGUUGUCUGCUGAAAUUUUCUGGGGAGCUUGAAGACGUGUCAAGAGAAGAUUUUCACAAACUGUUUUCAGGCCAUGGAAACAUUAAGUGGGUUGACUUUGCCAGAGGGGCCAAGGAGGGCACCCUCCUUUUUGAUGGAAAUGCCAAGGAAGCCUUUGAAAAAGCCAAAGAAGCAAAUGGGGGGGAACUGAAAAUCAAGGACAACGUUGUUACGUGGGAGCUGCUGGAGGGAGACGAAGAGAAAGAAGUGAUGAAGAAAAUCAUCGGAGCUCAACAAGAAUCAUUUAACAGAUCUAAAGGAAGGGGAGGAAGAGGACGAUCAGGUGGGAGAGGAAGAGGAGGCUGGAGGGGAAGAGCUGGGAAAGGUCAAGGCAGAACUCCGUUCCAAGGAAAGAAGACAAAGUUUAACAGUGAUGACGAGGAGGAGGAAGAUGCUCCUGCUCCCCAAAAGAGAGAACUCGAAGACGGUGAUGGCCCUGCAGCAAAAGUUGCCAAAACUGAAAAUGGAUCUUAAUGACGAGAAAGCAGUUUUGUUUUUUUUAUUCAAAACAUUUAUUACAAAUAGACAAGUUAAAUCCAUUCCAGUGAAAGCUUCAGGCCUUGGAGAAACGUAGGAAGUCCACCUGAAUAUCGACCUAGAAGAAGAAAUGUAAAGCUUAGGUUCAGUUUGCAGCCUUCAAGUUUAUGUUGUGCCUCUCAAAUUAUUUGGAUGAUUUUCCUCUGAAGAGAUUUUGUUUUUAGUCAACAUAAACCUGCUUUCAACAAUAAUUUAAUUUCUCCAGAAUGUUUUAGUUGCUUUUUUUCUUUUCCUUUUUUUUAAAGACGUGUGAUAUUUGCAACGUAUGUGCCGCAUUGUUUUGUGUUUGUAGACUUCCUACACUGAGAAAAUAUGUACUUGGUUAUUUUUUUUAAGUAAGCAUAUGAGAAUAGAAAAUAAAACAUUUAUAAAAACAAA